AUGUCUUAGCUUAAUAAUUCAAUCAUUUCAACUACAGUGCCAGGAUUAAGACUCAACUAUAGAGCUUACUAUGCAACUUCUGAGGAUCCAGAAUACCCUGCCUAGCUUAUUUAAGUAGAUUAUUCAAAAGAUGAGGAGUACUAGAGAACAGCGAAUGGUUGGCAAACUAAAAAGUUCUGCAGUUAUCCUCAAGAAAUAAUCGUCCAAAUUAUGAGUCCAAUGAGAGUAAAACAAAUCUAAAUUCUCUCGCAUUAGUAUAAAAUAUCUUCAAGGAUAGAGGUUUAUUACUAUUUCCCACCAAAGUCAAUUUAAACUGAGAAUUAGAUAUAGAAUAACAAAGAAAUCUUAAACAGCGAGAACUACAUGAGAAUAGGUUACUUUUCGUUUAAUGAAAACUCGAGAUCUGAGUUCUAAGCUAGAGAAAUGAAAACAUUACAUGUUGAUUUUCUAGCUUAGUAUAUAAAGAUGGUUAUUUAUCAGCCAUAUGAGAAUAGGCUUAAUUUGUUUCAAUAGGUCGGGAUUAUCUCAAUGUCAAUGAUAGGAGAACCGAUUGAUGGUUUUGAUCAAACUCAAGGUUAUGAUAAAUUUAGAGAUGGGGCCUAUCAUUUUCCUACUCCAAAUGUUGAUGCUAGUAGAUAAAAGUACUUGAGUGUAGCUACAGUCAAAGACUCAGAAUUGGAUCAGAUGUUUCAAGAUAAGAUUAACCAAUUGAAAGAGUAGAGAGAUAAAGCAGCUGAUGCAGAUGACUAUGAUAGAGCUAGAUUUCUAAGAGAGGCAAGUGAUAAAGUCAAAGAAUAUGGUGUUAAGAUAUUAUAGCUUAUGCAACUAAAAAGAGUAGCAGUCGAAAAUGAAGAUUAUGAAACAGCCAAAAAAAUAAAACUGGAAAUGGAUAGAAUCAGAUAAGCGAUUUCACUGCUAGAUCCUGAAAAAGCUAACCCUUCUUCUCUUGCAACAGUCGAAUUAAAGUAGCAUUUAACUGAUUCAUCAAAUAAACUAGGUCAGUAUCUGCAAAGGAAGCCUAUUACUCCUAUUUAAUUUGAGGAGUCACUCAAAGAAUUUGAAGUGAAAGUUAGAGAAGAAACGAAGUCAAAUGCCUCAUUCAUCACAGCCAAAAAUCCUAUUAUAGAAGAAUUCAUACCAAAGCCAUAGAUUAGGUAUGAAGAUUAAGUUAUCCCAACAAUAAAAAACGGAUAAAAGAAAGAUAUUGAAGAUGAAAUUCAGGAGUAUGAGAGGUAAUACGGAUCAAUAAAAGACUUUGACAGAAACUUGUAAAGAAGCGCUUUAAGUAUAGAAGAGGUAGAUGAGAAAACUUAGCUAGAGUAGGCUUCUAAACUGGUAUAAUUCUUUGACAAGCAACUAGUAUUAAAACUAUCUGCACCUUAGUGGUAACAAAGAGACCAGGCCUUGAUGGAUAUUAUAUAGAAUAUGAAGACAUAAAUGGGUUAAGAGGGUUAUUAGUAAGCCUACAACUCACUUCUUACAAUGUGCAUGGAUGAAAAGAUUUAGCAGAUUAUUGUGACUACUGUAGAUCUGAUAGAUAAUAUCCUGAUGAUAAAUAAGAACUUUAAAUUUGAGAAUCAUGAGAGAGUUCUAGCGUAUCUUAUGGAUAAGUUACCUGAUCAAAAGUUGGGAAAAAAAUCUGAAGAUAUCUUAUUUAAGUAUUUGGACUCUCAUAAAUAAGACUACUUUGAAAUAAUUGCGUUUAUUGUCAGUAAGAACUCUAAUUUCAAUGUCUAGACUCAGAAUUCUCAUAAAUUAGUCUCUAAAAAGUUGUAAAUACUAUAUAAUAUGACAGUAGAUAUGGACUAGUAUACAUAGUUCAUGGGCUAAAGUGCCAGUCCUCUUAAAAGUUCAAAUAAGCUAUCUUCAUCAGCUUAAAUUUAGCAAAGACUUGACUACCCCUACCAUGAAGUAUUCUAGAAGCUUUUGACUUCAAUUGAUCAUCCAUAAUAAGAUAUUAGGCAGAUAUCACUAAAAAUAGUCUAAGAGAUUUACCAGAAGCAAGGAUUUGAUAAGAUAUAAGAUUUCAUCUCAAGAUUAUCGAAUAAAGUAUUAAUCAAUCUGGUUAAGCUAAUCCCAGAAGCAGAACCUUAUUUGAGAAUGAACGAUGAUAGAAUGAGAGCUGCUAACAAUACCAACUCUUAUGGCGGAGGUGGAUCUUUCGGCUGGGCUCCAAACCUUCAGUCCACUGCUUAAAAGCCUUAAACUUCACACAAAUAGCCACCAAAAAAGAGUAAUAUCAAUAAAAAGGAUUAAUCGCCUGAAAAGUAGAAAAAGAAGGUUAUGUUUAAAGAUCAUAAAGAAAAAGAAAAAGUAAAAAAAUCAGCAGUCUAAGCUAAAUGUUAAUUCUGUGGAUUAGUUGACAAAGAAUUUGGAGAUGAUGAAAAGUUAGAUGCGCAUUAUCUUAAUUCUUGUUUGAUGCUGACAAAUUGUCCAGGUUGCACCUAAAUUAUUGAAAUUUCAGCUGUAAAUUCUCAUCUCUUAAAGGAAUGUUCGGAAAAAGCAUAAUACAAGUAGUGUCCCUAGUGUAAAGAGCCACAUCCGAAAGAUGACAUAGAAGCUCAUAAGUUAUAAGACAGUCCUGGCUGUCAUGCUCCAAAACCUACAAGCCAGGCUAAUAGAUGCCCAUUGUGCCAUAGAGAUAUAGGACCAUUAGAAAAAGGCUGGAAAGAUCACUUGCUCUCUAAAUAAUGUCCUAAAAAUGGUAGAAAUGAUGUUCUAGAUUGA